UCCGCUGAUUUGUCGCAGUCGCGCAGUUCCAUCUUCUCCUCUGUGGCCAUGGCUUCUUCCACCGCCUUCUUGUCCUCGCCGGUCGCCGCUCCCAAAUCCGCCAGGUCUUCGCCUUCUCUCUCUACUCCCUUCGCCUCGCCUUUCCCCCGCUCCCUCCGUAUUCAGCCCCGGGCGUCGCCGUCGAAUCUGCGGCCGCUGACUGUAGCCGCCUCCGUCCAGGUAGGACAGCAGGAAGCCGCGAAACCUAUCUCCUCUUCGCCUCCCCCGUCUCUUCCGUUCCGUGUAGGACACGGGUUCGACCUCCACCGUCUCGAGCCGAACCUUCCUUUAAUAAUCGGAGGGAUCGACAUACCCCACGAUCGUGGUUGCGAGGCCCAUUCUGACGGCGACGUGUUGCUUCACUGCGUGACCGAUGCGAUCUUGGGGGCGUUGGGGCUUCCGGACAUCGGCCAAAUCUUUCCGGACUCUGACCCGAAGUGGAAAGGCGCCGCUUCUUGGGUCUUCGUGAAAGAAUCUGUGAAAUUGAUGCACGAAGCUGGCUAUGAGCUUGGGAAUUUGGAUGCUACUUUAAUUCUUCAAAGGCCAAAGCUAAGCCCACACAAGGAAGCUAUUAGGGAAAAUUUAUGUAACCUUCUCGGAGCACACCCUUCAGUUGUAAAUCUGAAAGCAAAAACCCACGAGAAGGUCGACAGUCUCGGAGAAAACAGAAGUAUCGCAGCACAUACUGUUGUUCUUCUCGUCCGGAAGUAAAGCUCAUACUGCACCGAAAGUCGAGAAGGGAAUUCUCCAGUGAUACUAAGUAUCCAUGUAAUGAGAGUGCUAUUAGCAUGUUGUAUCAUUUUGUUUCUAUACCUUGUGAUGCAUAUGAUAAUGUUUGAAACCUUUAGAUUCUCCAAUAAAACUAUGAAUCCAUCCUUCUAUUUA